GACAAGCAAAUAAAAUUCCAAUCUUUGCACGCCCCCCACAAGCGGAAAAAAGGGUUUGACUUGGACGUUACAAUACAAAAAACUCUCUUCACCAGCCCACAUCUUUGCAUGGCCCUAACGUACACGGCGGCGGAGCCCACCGCCGCUAGAUGCCGCCGGAGGCUCCACCUCCACCUCAAGCACCGCCACAAGGGCUUCCUCUCCCUCUUCACCGGAAUAUUCCACAAGAGGUACCUCCUCUUCCUCUCGAUCGUCUACAUUGUGGGGCUCAUCACCUGCGCCGGCCGCCUGCUCGUCAUCCUCCACCCGCCGCCGCCGCCGCCGCCGGGGUCUCUGUACCGGAGCCAAGAGCUGUUUCUGAAGCUGUGGCCAGAAAUUGAGUCGGAUAAUGCUUCUGUUGUUGAGUUGGAUAAUAUAUGGAGAUACCGAAGAAAGAAAGAGCAACGAACAUGUUCGAACGGUUAUGAUCAUCAGCUUCACAGUACGGUCUCAUUAGGGACUCAACGCUACCUGGUUGUGGAGGCUAAUGGUGGCUUAAACCAACAACGGUCAUCGAUUUGCAAUGCUGUGGCUGUGGCUGGACUGCUUAAUGCUACUCUCGUCAUCCCUCGAUUUGAUCUUCAUAAUGUUUGGAAGGACCCAAGGCAAGUUCCAUUUGUUAUUUGUAUUAAGCCAUUCUUUUUUCAUCAAAAUGGGUUUGCUGAUAUUUAUGAUGAGGAUCAUUUUAUAUCCUCGUUAAAAGAUUUCGUGACCGUGGUUCAAGAUUUGCCGAAAGAAAUAAUGGACAGCUAUAAUUAUAGCAUAAGCAAUAUUCCAAAUUUUAGAGUGCAAGCUUGGGCAUCAGCUCGGUUUUACUUGGAUGAGGUUUAUCCUGUCUUGCAAGAAUCAGGAGUUGUUCGCAUUUCCCCCUUUGCAAACAGACUUGCAACGAGCAUACCACCACAAAUACAGUUCUUAAGAUGCCUAGCAAAUUAUAAGGCUCUUAAAUUCUCCCCAACCAUUAUGAAUCUUGCUAAGAAAGUAGUCACUCAAAUGACUGCAAAGAGCGUUAAUUCUGGCGGGAAGUAUGUUUCUAUUCAUCUCAGAUUCGAGGAGGAUAUGGUGGCCUUCUCGUGCUGUGUGUAUGACGGUGGAGAAGUAGAAAAAUCUGAACUGAACUCAAUGCGCGAAAAGGGAUGGGCAAAAAAAUUCAUGCAAAAAAAUCGAGUCUUUGCACCUGAACUCAAUCGUGUUAAUGGAAGGUGCCCCAUGACACCAGUGGAGGUUGGUAUGAUGUUAAGAGGUAUGGGAUUUUCGAACGAUACCCCUAUCUAUUUAGCCUCCGGCAAAAUUUAUAAGGAGGAAAAAUACCUCGAGCCCCUUAGAAAGAUGUUCCCACUUCUAUACACAAAGGAGUCACUUUUUACCGCUGACGAACUUUCUGAAAUCCAGGGCUAUUCUUCGAGGCUAGCAGCUUUGGACUAUAUGGCAUGCUUGUCUAGUGAAGUAUUCGUGACUACUCAAGGAGGAAAUUUUCCUCAUUUUCUUAUGGGUCACAGAAGGUUUUUAUUCAACGGGCACGCAAAGACUAUCAUGCCCGAUAAAAGCAGGCUCGUAGUUUUACUCCAGAACAUGAGCUUAAGUUGGGAUGCUUUCAAAGAUGAGAUGGAGACAAUGCUUGCCGAAAGUGAUCGAAAGAGCAUAAUGGUGCCAAGAGUAAAAAAAUCAACAAGAAAGGGUUCUAUAUACCUUAACCCUUUGCCUGAAUGCAGGUGUUUAUGGGAGUCCCAAAAAUCGAGCACCCCAUGACAUGUGUUUUCAAGCAUGAAAAGAAAAAAGAAAAAAAAAACGAGCAAUUGUUNAAAAAAAAAAAAAUCUUGGCCGCAGCUUGAGCUGAAUAAAAGAAGUAUGAGUAAUCAGAAAGGACUGAAGUUUUGAGAUGGGCAUAUGCUUGCUUGAUCUAAUAGUGAGUUGGAUAUUUUUUUGUUAAAAAAAUCUUGUAACUAAGUAUUUUUGGGAUUGUUGUAAGCUUUAGAAUGACUUCUUGCUCAGGUUGCGGGGACUUUUAGUUAGUUGAUGAAUUAAGCGUGCAACUGCAAAUAUUAGGAAAAUCGAGAGAGAGCUAAGGCCAUCUCCAGCCCUUAUCUCUACUCUAGCGCGAACUUUACUCUACUCUAGAGUAGAGUUGAACAUUCAUCUCCAGCCCUUAUCUCUACAUUUUACUCUACAUUAAAUAUAUGAUUUUUUUAUUCAUUUUU